GUACUAACAUUGCAUUGGUGUUUCAAAUUCGUCUGAGAUUUUCCACAUUGGAUCACUCGCGUCAUUUAAUUGUUGUUUCAACGAGGAUCUAAAUGAAUAUACCGCCAGACAGCGAAACAUCUGCGGAGACUUACCCGGUUUUAUAUGGAGAAGAAUUAGUUAGAUAUACGACUGGACGGGACAGGCGUUGACUUAUCUUCUGCCCACGCUGAAGUACAGGAUACUUUAAUUUCCUUUUAUUCCGAAGGGACAGAUGUAGUUUUGAACGGACCUGUGGGCGAACGGAAAACGAAGCCUACAGAAUGCUGAGUCCCGCCACCUGCGAGUCGUCCUACGCAUCUAGGUACGUGGAGGAGUACCUGGACCUAGUGGAGUCGCUGCCCUUCGACCUCCAGAGAAACGUCUCCCUUAUGCGGGAGAUUGACGCGAAAUACCAGGAGAUUCUGAAGGAGUUGGAUGAAGCUUAUGAGAAGCACAAAAGGGAGACAGACCCAGCCCAAAGGAGGCGUCUGAUGUAUUCCAUCCAGCGGUCCUUGAUACGGAGCCAGGAGCUGGGUGAUGAGAAGAUCCAGAUCGUCAGCCAGAUGGUAGAGCUAGUGGAGAACCGUGUUCGACAGGUGGACAGUCACGUGGAGUUUCUUGAACCUUCUCAGGAGCCCGUGGAGAACGUGACUGGUCAGGAGAAGAAGCGGGACGAGGUGGUCAUCAUCCCAGAGAAGUCCAACGGGAAGCGCUCCCGGCGCCAGAAGAACCAUGAGAACCGUGAGAAUUCGGCUGCCAACCUCGAGCAUGGAGAUGAGGGCAGUGCUGGGACACCCAAAGAGAAGAAGGUCAAGGUCUCCAAAAAGAAGAAGAGGGCCAAGGCCAAGACUGAGAGGGAGGCGUCUGCCCCUGAUGUUCCCAUCGACCCCAAUGAGCCGACCUAUUGCCUGUGUGACCAGGUCUCCUACGGGGAGAUGAUUGGCUGUGACAACGAAGAGUGUCCCAUCGAGUGGUUCCACUUCUCCUGCGUGGGACUCAACCAUAAGCCGAAGGGGAAGUGGUACUGUCCGAAGUGCCGGGGGGACAGUGAGAAGACAAUGGAUAAAGCCCUGGAGAAAUCUAGAAAGGAAAGGGCCUACAACAGGUAGCUUCUUGGGUGGAGACCAAAGACCUGAUGACCUGUUAGUCAGUCCUGCAGCAUGGUUAGACACACCAGACUGUUGCCCUUCCCUGUAGCAUCACAACCUGAUUCAGGUUCCCAGAUGAUUUACGCACUAGUGCAAGAAAGCAAGACGUGUGACACACAGGCCUUGUACUUUGACAUGAUGUUGGUGUCAAUCUGACUUUGCACACAGAAAGAAAAAGCAAGUAAGAGUUGGACUGGAAGAUCUUUUGAUCAGAAUGAGGGAUGAUGAGUCUGUUCCCAAACAGCUUUCAAUCUGCUGUACAUAAAGGUCUUCGACUAAUGGCGUAAAUAUAGUUUUUUUUGGCUCAGUGACCUUCAGUUCACAGCUGCCACCCCAGCAUCCAGUCACUGUUCCUUAUGCUAUUGGUGUGGCUUAGCAACCUGUCAGUACCUCAAUGGGAAUGAUUUUUACGAAUCAGCCCAGAAUUUUGAGUUUAAAUGAGUGAAGUACCCCCAGCACCCCCCCGAAAGAGACACUGGCACUCAAGGUCAUUUGGCAGUAAGCUUAAUCAGAUCUGUUACCAAUAAGUUCAGAUGUUGAUAAUUUUGCCAAUGUUGACCCUGCGUUUUUUUUUUUUUAUUAUUCAGUCAUUUCAAACAUUGUUCUAUUAUGCUGUGCUGUAUAUUUUUGAUUGCACUUCCUGCAUUUGAAGUGAAGCAGGCAGUUGUAUAAAUGUCCUGAAAGCGGUGUAUAAAUGCUCCACCAGUAAACAGAGUUUGCAGUGUUUACAAACGU